UCUUUAUACAGGUUUAUAGGUUAGUCUUGUUCCUCAGGUCACAUUGCAAUGGCUCAAGUUAUUAUGCAGUUUGGCCAGUGUGGUAAUCAGUUAGGAGAAGAAUUGUACACUCAUGCUUUUAAUGACAUAGUGGCUUCAAAUAGUUCUUACUGGAACAACAGUUGUAGCCGAGACAGUUGGUUUCAUCACACGGCCAAGGGGUUGAGGGCAAGAGCAGUGCUUGUGGACACUGAUAGUAAAGUCACUGGUAACAUUAAGAAGAGCCCUUCUUGGGCAUUCAGAUCAGAUAAUGUAGUGGCCAGCGAGUGGGGGGGAGCUGGAAACAACUUUGCUCUGGGCUAUUGUGUCAGAGGUCCGCAUAUGAGGGAUGGGGUGUUAGACGUACUGCGAAAGGAGUGUGAACGGUGUGAUCGUGUGCGAGGAUUCAUGGCUCUCAGCAGCUGUGCUGGAGGUACCGGUUCGGGAGUCGGGACUUUUAUUCUGGAACAGAUCCGAGAUUUGUACCGAAACAAGAAUUUGAUCAGUGUUUUGGUAAUGCCUUACUUUUCUGGUGAGGUUGUUACUCAAAACAAUAAUACACUGUUUACUCUAUCGAGACAAUAUGAAGUUUGCGAUGCUCUAAUUGUUUUUGAAAAUGAUAUGAUUUCGAACUUAAUCAUGCACCAACUAAGACCAAAAAAUAUAACUUUUUUGGAUCUGAACAAGGUUAUAGUUCAAAACUUACUUUCAUUCUUGCAGCCAUUACAAUCGCAAAAUCAUUCCAAGAACUUGUAUGAUAUUCUCUCACAGCUUUGUCAUCACCCUGACUAUAAAUUCCUUGCAAUUCAAAGUUUACCAGUGAUAAAAGAAUCCAAGACUCAGUUUGAUACUCAGCCUAGUUGGACAUCUAUUGAGAGAGAUAUGAUAAGGUAUCUCAAAACAUCUUUGUAUUCUUCUAAUGCACCUAAAGUAGACUUCAUCAAUGCUGUUGCAAACACUGUGAUCAGUCGAGGGGAAACUAUUCCAAACCAUACUAUCACUAAAAUUAAAUCUCUUUUUUUCUCUCCAAGUUGGGUGCCUCCAAAUUUUUCGUUUUGUCAUUACCAUCAACCCCGCCAGUUGUUGAAUCAAGAGAAAUCUCUUACGUUGGAGAGCCACAGGAAAAAGAAGUGCCCAAAAAUAAUGACUUAUGACAGUUUUGGUAAAGAAAAAUUCUCAUGGAAUGUCAAGGACAAGAGAAUCUUUCUGAAAGCAUUGGAGAAAUGGGGACCUGACAACAUAAAGGCAUUACAUGCUGAAAUGCCCAACAAAAAGGAGAGUGAUAUAUACAAUCAGAUCAAGAUGUGGAAAGAAUUUGCUCAUGCAGACCUGCAGAAAAAGUUGUCGAUGGAAGUGAAGCGGUCAGAGAAAGCGAUGGUCAACUGCAUUACUAAGCUUGAUGAAUGGAUACAACAUUUUUCUGCAAUGGAGGAAGAUUCCACCAGCAAACUGUUCGCUCUCUCCAAUGUUUUCCUCCUCAUAUCGGAAUAUGGGAACUUCCCUCCACCAUCUGAGUGUGACAAUAUUGAUUUCAGAGCGAUGUACCGCUACAUCUACUGCAUGCUGAAUGGAGUCCCUUAUUAUGGAGUGAACCAGAAGACAGCUCAGGUUCUCAAUGACAGCAUAUCUGACAUGUUCGCGUUGAUGAGGGAACAUAAGCAUGUCAGCAACCUGCAGCCACAUCUCUAUAGCAGCUCUCUGAAAGUAAAGCCACGCUGUCGUUCCUACGGUCGGCCCUCCAAUCGGGGAACUGCCACGUUAAAUAACCCCAACGCCAUUGUGAACUUGCCUGAUAUCAACCCUCUAAACAUUCCCCCACAUGUGCUCUCCAAGCCACAGAUUGGUGAAUACGAAUGCGAUGACAGUAGUGACGAAGAAGAUGAUUCGGCUGAGAUAGAAUAAUAGGACUUGUAAUUCUUGUCUUCAUCACAACUGUUUGACUGUGAACUCACAUAAAUAUCUGUUUGUGAUUAUUUUGUGACAUGUAGACAAUGCAUUCUAAAUAAGUUCUGAUAGUUCAAAGACACAUGGAAAAGCAAAUAUAUGUGAAAUAUGAUGAUAUAAGUUUUAAAAUUAAGUAUUCUAAUUAACUUUGGUUUUCUAGUGACAAUACUUGUCUGCUGUGUAUAAAAAAAUGUUAUUGUAUAUUAUCUGUACAGUUUGAAAAAAUAAAUGUUGUUUACAUACA